CACAGUGCCACACGAAGCAACUAUUGAUUACCUUUGCUAUUGAUCUUUUCCUGGGGUAAAUUGUGAGAGAGGUUGGUGGGGCGGUAGUAGAGUGUGGGCUGGCACUCUGAGGCGACCGCUGCCACUGCCGCCUCCACCACCGCCACGCACUCUCACUCAGUGCCACCCAGAUAUUGAUCCAUUGAUUUUCCUGCCCUGGCACCGUCUAUUUUAUUUUCACAUCAUGCAGUUCUCAGUCCGCGCCGACCCACCGCCAAGCCCGCCACCAGCCCGGCGCGUACAUACUUAAACUCGGCGUGACACGACCGUAGAUUUGUGUCGCUAAAUUGAUCGAGAGUCCGGGUGUUGAAACAACAUGAGUGCCGUUGAUAAGUUCCCCCUGGUGGAGUGACGGGUCCGGGAACUCUCUCGCUCGCUCCUGCGUCGCCACUCAAUAUGUUGCAAUACUUAGAUUUAGUUGUAACUCAGUAUUAUUAUCACUGUACUCUGUAAAGUGUGUGGACUCCAGCGCAGGGAUCACGUGUGUAUACCGUCUACCAAGUUACCUUCAACCCUAGUUUUAAAAAUGUAAAUUUUUUGCUCCUCAAUAUGUGAUAUUAGUGAGUCUCUUUUUUAAUAUUAUAUAUAUACCGGUAUAUAUAUAAGUAUAUAUAUAUAUACCAGUGAAAGUUAGUGUGUGUGUUUUAGAAAAAAAAAUAAAUGAAAUAUCUAGAAAACACGAGUGCAAUAGUGAUGUACGCGAGAGUUUUCAUCUGGUAAAAAAGUGCGUUUUUUUUUUUAAUGUGUGCGUAAUACAGUGCCGGCACAAGAUGUAACCGUCCCUCCGCCUCCCGUAACUGGCUUUCACCCAUGUUUCCGUUUUUGAUUCCCCACAUGGUGUCGUCGGGCGUCAGAAUGGCCAUGUCCCCCCAGCAGUUCUGCCUCCGGUGGAACAACCACCAGUCCAACAUCAUCUCAGUAUUCGAGCAGCUCCUCCAGAGUGAGUCCUUCGUCGACGUCACCCUCGCAGUUGAGGGCAUGACGCUCAAGGCCCACAAGGUCGUCCUCUCGGCCUGCAGCCCUUACUUCCAGGCUGUGUUAGCGUCGCAUCCAGACAAACACCCGAUAGUGAUCCUGAAGGAUGUGCGCUACACCGACAUGAGGGACCUGCUCGACUUCAUGUACCGAGGCGAGGUGUCCGUCGACCAAGACAACCUCUCGGGCUUCCUACGUGUCGCUGAGUCGCUACGAAUUAAAGGUCUCACCGAAGUCAACGAGAAGAAGCGACUGGAGAAUACCACCUCAGCGUCUUCAGCCUACCUCGUGCCUCAGGCCAUGGCCGGGGCGGCUCCCCCAGGGGUGGCGCCUGGAGUGGUACCUAUGGCGCCCCUCACACCCCUCGCCGGCGACCCCCCACCUCUCAAGAGGCCGCCACUCUCGCCCUCAGCCACCUACGGCGCCAAGAGAAGGCGCGGCCGACCGCCCAAGAUCUCCGGGGAGGAGUCGGAGGGCGAGGUGGGGUCGGUGGCUGGGUCGUUGUCUGCGGCGGAGGGGGAGGACACUCGUAGUGAGGCAGAGGUUAAAGUGGAGGUUGAGGAGGCCAAAGAAUGCCAAGAGCCCGAUGACCUGAGCAAGGAGGCAGACACCAAGAGUGGGGAAUCUACUCCGGGACCGUCAGGGGAAAGCCAAGGGAAAGAGGUGACGAGGUUGCCGCAAGAUGAACAGGAAAAUACCAGGGAGUCGCCAGGUUCAGAACUCUGCUGUGUCCCGGAUAUAUGGACGGCUGAGGGCGGUGUGGUUAGAGGGUCAACGCCCGUCAAGCAGGAACGACCCACGCCCACGCCAACGCCAGGGACGCCCACCUCCACGCCGGCAGUGACCCCCGCCACCACCCCGACGCCCCUUCUCACCAACCCAGCCCUUCCCUCCAUACUGGCGCCCAUACAACAAGUCCCUCUAGACCUGGUAAUAGACUCGUGCGAGAACAACGACCUGGACCAGAACGUGACGCUGGACUACGUGCUCAACAGCAACGGGACUGCGACGUGCAAGUUGUGUGGGGAGCUGCUACCUUCCCGCAACCAUUGGUACCGCCACAAGUACAAGACUCACGCCACUGCACUCUACCGGUGUGACGACUGCGGGGUUGUUUAUAAGAGCAAGAAAGGCUACGAGACGCACAUGGAGGUCAAACAUGCUAAGAUGAAACCAACGUGUGGUGAGCGACCCCGUAAGAGAGACUGGCAGAGUGUCAACAAAACGAUGGAGGAGGCGAAGAGGCAACAGGAAGAGGCUAUGGUGAGUGCGAUCAUCGCCAGAGUGAAGCUGGAGUGUGCCAUGGAGGGUGAAGACUGCUCCAGACGGGGGUAUCAGAAGCACUGAGCCAACACGCGUCAAAAAUAAAAAAAAUAAAAAAAUACAAAUCUAUAUCUAGAGUUAUAAGAGUGAUAACAAAGGCUGACAAAUCAUGAUAAAUAGUGUAAAUAUAGUAGAUAGAGACAAUGAAGUGAACAAGUCAGGAUAAUCUGAGAAGUUGUGUCGCAGUUGUAAGAGACUCUACAGGAGGUGAGGCAGGUGGUGGUAGACGGACUGACAACAGCGGCGACACAGUGAAAGACAGGAAUAAUACAUUGUUGAGUUACGUGAGAGUAAAGGGAAAUUUAUAAAAUGCUAUUGACGACACCGAAGAAACUGGAAUAAAAAAGAGGAAGCUAACGAAUGUGCAACACGAGAAAACAUGAUGGAGUGGUCGACGGUAAGAAGGAAGUGAGCAGGGGAGCCACAACAUCCCCUGGGAAAAGUGUCAAAAAGAAAGAAAUAAUAACGAGAAAGGAAAAACUCAGGCCAUGAAAUGAUUAACUAUUUGGAGCUUUCAUUAUAAUUAUUCCAGAUAAGAAAAGACAAAUUUAACAUCACUGUAUUCACUUUCUCGAGAAGAUGUGACGACGACAAGAACGAACCAUAACUGAUGAACAAGCAAACAAGACAACGAAGAGAGCCAGAAUGAACGAGUGUGCACGCUACUGGUGCAUAUACACACAAUGCGCACGGUAAAGUCAUCCUAUCAUAAAAGGACUUGGUUACUCCUCAACACUCACGCCAUUUUUCUUACUAAACUGCUUUACUUCAACUUUGGUGUACUAGGUAAUAAGUAACAACAACCUCUCAGUGUAUGUGAAUAUGUUCUAAACACGAUGGUAAGCAAUGAAGAAAAUGACAAUAGUAAACAAAUAAAAAUCAACAGGAAACUAACCAACUGGCGAAUGGUAAUUUAAUAAACAAUGAAAAUCAACAGCAGAUUGGAAGCUUUCCCAGUCUCAGGACUUUCCCUCAUGUACUGCUCGUCCUCUGAGGGUUCAGUACACAAUUGACAAACAAAACAGUAUUCUUAAGUAUCACUCAACAUGUAGACCGACCUAUAUGUAGAUAAGUGAAUUCAUACACCGUCAUAAUACCUCAAAACUAUAAAAGUCAUAGCUAGUAGACAACCUCAACGCAGGAGGCUCAAAACAAUUAAAAACUCAGAGAUGACGAGGGAGGUUCACGGUGCCUGCAGGGUGGUGACCUGCUUGGUAGGGUGGUGUGACCUCGUCUACGUCAGAAAGUCGCCUGUACCACCCGGUGAUCAAGCCUGGGGACCUCACCCAGGUACUGCUCUCUGAAGGACUAUUCUGAAUAAUUUUACGUGAGCUAAACCUCUGGUGCUCCUUUUGUCCAGUUUCUUAUUAACAACUCUCCCGUUUAAUAUAAACAAAAAACUUUUCCUCAGUAGAAUAGACGAAGUUUCAAAGUUUUUCAUCAAUUUUAGGUGAUAUUUUCCCGCUUGCUGUGGAUGUGUGUUGAUAAUAUUGUGCAUUUCUUCAUCUAUAUGUGUUUCUCAUUGUCAUAAAACAUCCUUUUGAGAGAUUCUCUAUUGAAUAGAUUUAUUUAGGAUAAGAUUUACCCCAAUACAUAAGGUGAGUGUGGGUGAGUGCCUCGCUCUCCAUCCUUAUUUAAACCUUCUCUGGGUGACUUAUGUCUUGGACAUAAACCCAAGUGCAGUUUGUGCAUCAACGAAUUUCACUUAAAUUUUAUAUUCUUGCAAGUGUCGAGUUUUUGCCAUUUUAAUAUUUGCAUAAACUUUAAAGAAAUUUUAGCUCUCCUAUUAAUCUGAAAGGUUAAAAGUCGUGAGAUCUGUGUUGAUGUGUGGAACCCUGUGUACACCUGUGAAUGUUUACACCCAUAAGUUUUAUACACAAAGCUCCUCUGGAUAUUCUCUGGGAUUCGUAGUAUUCUUGAAGAGUAAAAGAGAGAAGACGAGAAAUACUGAAACGUCGUGUUAAUAGAUGGGAAACUCUUAAGAAACAAAGGAUACAAAUAUCAUUCAUUGACCAAAUUGAUUCAUUUGAGCGAUUCACGUGUUCUUCGUUUACGUCUUAAGCAGCAGUUCAACAUUGUGUAUUUUCUUGUUUACUGUUUCCCUUACUCAGUCACUCUCUUCAGUCACUCUCAGAUCUACUCGAGACAAUCUUGAAUUACGUAACAGUUUUCGAAUGUUUUGUUUCUCCUCCGGUUUAUAUACGAGACAAUAGUAUAUUUUGCAGUACAUUAGUGACGUAAUAAGUGAACCAUAGAAGGGAACCACAGAAGCUAAACUGUGGUGGCCCUUGUCUGUCACCUCAGUAAAAUACACACACACACACACACACACACACACACACACACACACACAAACACACACACGAUAUAUGCAUCUCCUUACCCUAUCUUACUACAGUAUGUCAGGUAUAUACAGUAAAUACCUAGAGCGAGUAUAUUCAAAGAUAUUAACACAUCACACCUACAGACUCUCUCUCUCUCUCUCUCUCUCUCUCUUUCUCUCUCUCACAGGUAACUCUGAAGGUGUAAGAACCUCCAAAUUAGUGAAAGCGAAUGAUAGAGAGUUACCUGGUAUGAUGAAUUACCUGGUCUGUGUGAGUACAAGACUGACACACACACACUGCCCGUAGUAUAAUGAAAACAAGAGUAGAAGUACCAACUGGUUCCUUGAGAUGCAAAUACCUGGUGUGUCCUACAGGUGUUGUAGACAGGUUAUAUUAUCUGCCAAAGGUGUGAUGUACCAAAGGUGUGAUCUGCCAACAGCUGUGAGGUAGCCUGACUCCAACACCUGAAGGCGAGGUGAUACAGCACCAGGUAUAGAGUUGAUAGAUACUAUACAUACCUGACUUAACUGGUUACUACAACGUGAAGGUGUAUGAGCAUAAUGUACAUCUCAGUAUCAACAAUAACUCUCAAGCUUAUAUCGCCAAAGCUGGAGAAAAACAAAAUAAACAAAUAUAUUAAAGCUUAGUAUGGUAGUGUUAUUUACUUUAUUCUCCGUAAGAGUUAAAUAUAUUCUCAUUGCGUACUUUUAAUAAUAGUUCUAAUUUCUCAACUUAGAUGAGCGUCUCCGUGUUACUCCUGUGUGUUCUGCCUAUGACGGCUACUUUGCGGAUAUGACAAUCUUUGCCAAAUUUUGGUGACUAUUUUUUACACUAGAAAAAUACGCCACCGUUUAUAUUCAAGAAGAGUUAGUUAGUCUAGCCACUGUAUAAUUUUUCGUACUUUCCAUGUGACUAGUUUUUGUUACUGUACAGAUGAAUGGUUUUAGCUGUCGACUUGGUUCGCUAGGAUGUGUUAGGAGGCUGUUGGCAUAUUAGAUUGUUUUCCUUAUUUUUGAAAAGGUUAUAAUAGCGGAUAUCAUGUCAAUGUACACAAACGUUCAAAUUGCAUGUCAUUAAUAAUUUACAUACAGAUAAGAGUUUUUGCAUGUAAGUCCAUCUGAAUGUUUUAUCAGUCCUAGUGGGUUGAUUUUAAUGCAUUCAACUCGUCGAUAUACUUAGUACGAAUUUCUGAGACACCCUUUAUGCUACGUUCAAUGAUUAUUCUGUUAUUUCUAAAGUUAGGUCUAAUAAUACGUCUUUCAGUCAUACAGCGAAGAUGUUAUAAUAAUCGUUGAGUGAAUUAUUACAUCCAAAACAAAGAGGAUAAAUUAAACCUCUCAAAAUACCUGUACUAUACUUGAUCACUUGCUUUUAACCUUCAUUAUCUUUUUAGAGAUAGAAAUUAUAUCAAAAUCUACCUCAGGUAUAGUUUUUCGCUCUUGCAUGACAAUCUUUAAUUUGUUUGACUCUAUAUCAUUAACGUAGCAAAGUGAGGCUUCAUAUGGUGAUGUUAUUUUAAGUAUUAGAACAAAUGAGAUGUAUUAUUUUGAAGUUAUUUAACAGAAUUGAGUUAAAUAAACUAUCACUCGUUGAUUCUAUUUAUAGUAAGAAUUUUUUAACACGGUAGACAUUUAUUUAACAAUUAUGUAGUUAUCUCGUGAUAUAUACGAAUCAUAAUGUACUUUAAAUAUUAUUCUGGCUAUACCAAAUAUUAGGUUAAGACGAUUUCUUCUCAUAUGAUGUCCAGUUAUAUAAAGAGAACAAAGUCUCCUGCUAUUAUUGUAGACGAUAUUGUUAUUGUAAGUUGUUAAGUAAUGUUAUAAUUUCCCCUAAAGCUUUUUUAUAAGUUGCUGAAAAAUGAGUCAACGAUGCUGCCUCAUUCACCUUUUCCUGAGUUUUGUGUAUUAUGAACCACACCUUACCCGCUCGUCACCCAACCACACUACCUGGUUAAAUUUGUGAAUUAAAUGAAAAUAUUGAGGAAAUCGCUCAGGUGUGCAAAACGGAAGCGGGUGGGUGACUCAUGAUAGCUCCUGGUCACCACGCCACAUUGUCCAAUACUGUAUAUCUGGAUUGGCAAAUACCCGACAUGAAUGACCAGACACAAAUAUAUGUUGUUGUUAUUAUUAUUAUUAUUAUUAUUAUUAUAAUUAUUAUUAUUAUUAUUAUUAUUAUUAUUAGAGGUGUUAGUUGUUAUCGUAGCGUCAUAUAUAUGCUUCGUUGUUGAUUCUUACACUAUUAAUGUGCUGCGGAAGAAUUACAUUACGUAAUUACUUAUCCAUAUCGUUGCAAUGUAUCAUUCCAUUGAUACAGAGAUGAUUAUAAUUAUUACACUGUUGAUAGAUGUCGCCUAAAUGUCUCUCUUUUAUUAACCGCCUCGUUACUAACUCGUGUUACCUGCCUAUAUUACGUUACUGUGAUAGCUUUUGCGUUAGUGAUAUACCUUUUAUUUUCUGCCAUACUUGCUCGCACUAUACAGAGAAUAUGUGAUUAUUUAACCUAUUGAUAUGAUGGAACCGUACUCAAGGGAUUAACUCUUCAUACUGAAGUCAUCAUAUUGAAGUGGUUAAGUCAUCAUACUCAAGGGGUUGUCACCAUAUUGAAGGAAUUAACUCAUCAUACUCAAUGGGUUAAGUCAUCAUGCUCAAAGGAUUAAGUCGCCAUAUUGAAGGGUUUAAGUCAUCGUAGUGAAGGGGUUGUCAUCAUACUCAAGGGGUUAAGUUAUCGUGCUCAAGGGGGUUAAGGCAUCGUAAUGAAGGGGUUAAGUCAUCGUACUCAAGGAUGUUAACUCAUCAUUCUUUAGGGGGUUAAAUUAUCGGACUCAAGGGGGUUAAUUCAUCGUACUCAAGGGGGUUAAUUCAUCGUACUCAAGGGGGAUAACUCAUAAUUCUUAAGGGGUUGAAUCAUCGUUAGUGAAGGGGUUAAUUCAUCUUACUUCAGGUUUUAAUUCAUCAUACUCAAGGGGUUAAGUCAUCUGAACUAUCGCUGUAAAUUAUCUGAUGAAAAAGGUAAAACCACUUGUUAUUAUCAAUAACAUAUAUUUAGCUAAAGUUUAUGUAAUUUUCUGUCAGUGUUUUGGGUUUUUGUUUAUACUGUUGUGAACGGCUUUUGUUUAUUGUGAUAAAUUUUGUUUACACUGAAGCGUUCGGUUUUUUGUUUACUUAAUGCAGUGUUGUAAUUAUUUGUAUUUUGUUAUUUAGGUUUUGUCUACUGUAAUGUUCCGUUGUUGUUGUUGUUUUUUUUUAAUUCCUGUUGUGUUCAAAUUUGUGUUUAUUACAGUGUUCGCUAUUUUGUUUAAGGGCUGGACUGCUAGACUGAGGUGUUCGAAAUGCUUUUACUGGGGUGUUCGAGAUAUUUUCACUGACAUGUUCACUUGCCUUUCUUUUAUGUCCGAAAUGUGUUCACUGAAGUGUUUGGUUUGUAUUUAUUGUAGCGUUCGAAUCGUGUUUAUUGUACUGUUCGUAUUGUCUUUAUCACCGUGUUCGGAAUAGGUUUACUAAAGUGAUUUAGUCCUUGUCUAAAAAAAAAAAAAUUAU